UCUAUAUUUGUGAAACGAGUAUUAUGAUGUAUUUUUUAGAAGAAAAACCGAAUUCUAAAGUGUAAAUUAUGAAUGAAAAUUAACUUUUCCAAAUCAAAUUAGUAUUCUAUGUGAAUGCAAAUCACUUUUUUUCUGCAAGUGGUGAGAAAAUCCCAUACAAAAAUUAUGUCUGAAAUUGACGUUAUAUUAUAAUAAUACAUUUUAGUAGGAAUAUCUGAAAAUUCAGGGGAAAUAGGUUAAGUUAAGGUUAGGACUACGCGCUUCAACUAAUUAAAUAAUACCAAGUAGAUAUUUUCAUUCAAAUUUUACCAAUUGAAAAUUGCCUUUUAGCCUUCUAAUCUGAUAGAGAAUAGUUUGGAUCCCAAACUCAAAUGUCGCCACUAGCCAUCGCGGAUAUUUUCGUUGUCUCGGGUUGAGGGCGAUAUUGACCGUGUAAGGUGGAAAAAUAUUGAUUGAGGUUAGAUCAGAUGUUGAAAGCCUAGCUGUCACGAUAUUGAAGACACUUAUUGUCAAUCCGGUUGAUCGUGUAAGGUGCCCAUAUCAAUUAAAACGGAAAGUUUUUGCAAUGGAAGAUCGGAAAGCUACGCUAAACAAUUUCACAAAUUUCAUUGAAAAAUCCAACCAAUGUGUUAAUGAUUUACUGACAGAAUUGGGCUGGGAAAGGUCCAAAUUGAAGGUUCCCUCGGAAGAUCCAGGGCAUAAGCGUUCACAAAGUGUUAACCGAAUACAUGGUGAAGAAUUCCCAGAAACAUUUCUGGAUAAACACCAUGCAUCGUCUCUCAAAAUAGAUGAACAAAAAACAAUAUCUAUUUUCAAAGAAGCUAUGAAUACCAUUCCUGGUAUUCAGACAGCCAUACCUGUUGAAAACCUUGUAGACAGAAGUGUACCAAGUAGCCAUCAGGAUUUGAUUAUAAACUUUACGAAGGACGAAAGAUUGGCACUCUACCAGCAUGUUAUACGUAAUACACCCAAAAUUGAUCCUCCGGUUGACAUCGAGAUUAGUUUCAGGAAAUAUGAUAAAGGAGCCAAAAUGACAUCACUAACGGAAAUAGCUUCGUAUCGUCGAGACAUACGCCGGAGGAACCAAAAAUAUCGAAUAUCAAAGAAUCCUUUAACAUACAGAGAGGAAAUCAAGAAUCUCAUUCAGCUUCAAACGGAAGCAAUUGCCGAGUAUCUUGGACAAGGAAGGAAUGAAGAAUCUAGAAGUGAUGUACAAGGACACGAUUUUCAUAGCAAAAGUCACAAAAAAAGAUCACGAAGUCGAACAUGUGAUAACGAAACGCGACCAAAAUACGAAACAAAAAACAGAAGAACCAAGUACAGUGAUUCGGAUUAUAAAACUAGUAAAUGGAAACAGCGUAGUUAAACUGUAAUGUAUCAUUUGCACAAUUCUCAUUUUGUGACAUCGAUAGCACAAAUUUACCCUAUUUAUUUCAUUCUCUGUAUUCCGCGAUACAAAGACAAGCAUUUGUACCGCCAAAACCGAAGGAAUUCUUCAAAGCUACUCUUCUUCUGUUACCAUUUGGUUGCCACUCCUGAGAUGUGUUCGGAACCAAAUUCAUUCCUCGCAUAUCACUAGGAACAUUCUCCAGAUUGAUAGUUGGCGGCAGUUUCCCUUCGAGACAUGCUAGUAUUGUAAAAAGCGUUUCCAAGUUACCAGCCGCUCCUAACAAGUGACCAUGUGCUCCUUUCGUCGACGAGAACGCCAUGUCCCGCCAACUAUCACUAAAUAGACUUCGAAUUGAUCGAGCUUCGAUGGCAUCCCCAAUUGGCGUUGAGGUAGCAUGUGCAUUAAUGUAACCAAUAUCCUUUGGUAAAAGAUUCGCAUCAUUUAGAGCUCUACGCAUGGCAAGAAUGGCUCCCGUUCCAUCUUCUCGUGGUGCUGUCAAGUGGGAUGCAUCACCCGAAAGACCAUAUCCCAAGACUUCUGCUAAAAUGGGAGCGUUCCUAGAUUGAGCAUGCUGAAGUUCCUCUAAUACCAAGACAGCUGAACCUUCUCCCAUAACGAAGCCAUCUCGCUUGUCAUCGAAUGGUCUUGAUGAUUUCUGUGGAUUGUCGUUGAAAGAUGUACUCAAUGCACGUAGCCUACAAAAUCCUGCAAUCGCAAGCGGACUUAUACAAGCUUCGGAACCUCCAGCGAUCAUCACGUCCGCAUCUCCGUGCUGGAUAAAUCGGAACGCAUCACCAAUCGAGUGCGCACCUGUCGCGCAAGCGGUUGACACCGAAUGAUUUGGUCCUCGAAAACCGUACUUUAUGCUCAACUGGCCAGCAGGCAUAUUUGGUAGAAUUCUGGGAACAAAAAAAGGACUAACUCUGUUGUAACCUUUCUUCAGGGCUUCAUUAGUAUCACAAACAUCCAUGAGAUCUACCAUCCCCAUCCCAAUGGCAACCCCAGUGCGCUCAUGCGCCUGUGUGUCAUCAGCCGCUGGAUUCCAAUCCGCUUCCUGUAUCGCUUCUUUUGCAGCAAUUAAAGCCAACGCCGUUGCUCGAGCCAUAGUUUUCAACUCACUUUGGCUGAAACACUUCUCUAUAUCGAGAUCAUUUCGAUCGAUGUAGGCAGCCACUCUGCAGGGAAGUUUUUCGUAUGCAGCAUUCGUUAACUGACCGAUCCCGGACUUUCCCGAUAAAAUGUUGCUCCAAGCAGCCGAAACAUUGCAACCGACCGGCGAAACAACACCAACACCAGUCACUACAACUCGACGCUUUUCAGAGCCGAAGUAUGGCGCACUUAAUGAUAAACACCGAUGUGAAAUGUAACAAUAACGAUAAACCUUUAACUUAGAUGUACUGGUAUUCAUGUUGCAGUCAAAUUUAUCAAUGAAAACAUAUUUUUACGUCAUAAUGAAACCACAAGCACAGCAGUGGAACUCCAUACAAUUCACUGACUAAAAAGUGUACACAUUUUCAUCCCUUGUUUACGUGAAGAAUAUAUUUUUUUCAGGCACACUUGAUUUGAGAGUGUAUGGAUUUCUACACUGAGAGAAAUAAUUAGUAAAUAUAACGAAUUUUUUGGUAAAUACUACCAAUCUAUAGUCAUUUUCGACCGUACUAAUAAACACAUAUGUCAAGCAGAACCAUGAUUCGGAAGCCCAAUAUCGGCUACAUUUUCUCGCCGAAAAUGCACGUAUCAGAAUUAUAUCCUUGUUAUACCUCCGUAUUGCCUUAUGGGAACAAUGAAAAUGGUUAAUACGCGCUUUUCUCACCAGUUUUCAGAUAUGACAAUAUCCAAGCUUACUAAUGUUAUCGAGUAAAAUAUACUAAUCUCUGGUA